AUGGCAAUUUCCUUGAUCCCUGUGGGGAUCUAUCCUGAAUGGGGUGGGGAUGAGGAUGGGAAAAUUUUCAUCCCUGUUGGCGGAGAUAGAGAGUACUCCCCACCUCACGAGGACCCUAAUCCCCGUCCAAUGGGGAUUUCUACUAAUACACACACACACACGGGCGUUUGGGGUAAUGGCUUACAGGGAGAAAUUCCUGCGACCCUCUACAACUUGACAUACCUGAAAAUCCUUGACCUACACCGGAACCAGCUGAACGGAAGCAUUCCGGUCAGCCUGGGAGAGCUGUCUCGGAUCUAAUUGCUUGAUCUACCGGAGAAUUUGCUCUCUGGGUCAAUCCCAUACUCACUUGGAAACGUAACAUUGUUAACUCAUUUCAAUCUCUCCUUCAACAACCUCACUGGCACCAUUCCUUCAACUUCAAUUAGCCAUAUCCAAUUGUUUGGCGCCUCUUUCUUCCACAACCCGGGGCUCUGUGGCUCUCCUCUGGACGUACCCUGCUCUGCCAGUACCAAUGCCACUGCAUCAACAUCAGGAAAAAGCAGGGUGUUGAGUGUUUCAUCCAUAGUGGCCAUUGUUGCUGCUGCAAUGAUCAUCACAGGUGUCUGUGUGAUCACCUUCAUGAACACCAGGGUUCGUAGGAGGAGGGAGAAGAAAAAGCUUGCCAUCAAGGAUUGGGAAGCUGGUUCUGUUCAGCACAUCAUCAUCGGGAAGCUGGUUCUGUUCAGCAAAAGCUUGUCACCAAGGUACGAGGAUUGGGAAGCAGGCACCAAAGCUAUACUUGACAAAGAUUGUCUGAUCGGAGGUGGGUCGAUUGGGUCUGUUUACAAAACCAGCUUUGAAUGUGGGAUCUCAAUUGCGAUGAAGAAACUCGAGACGCUGGGAAAAAUCAGGAACCAAGAUAAAUUUGAGCAGGUUGGACGACUAAGCAACAUUCGACACCCCAAUCUGGUUAUCUUCCAUGGCUACUACUGGUCAUCUACCAUGCAGCUAAUCUUAUCUGAGUUCGUUUCCAGUGGUAAUCUGUAUCAGCACCUACAUAGCCAUCCAGGCACCAGCAGUAGUGGAAGCAAUGACCUAUACUGCUGGCCUAGGAGAUUCCAGAUUGCUCUUGGGGUUGCAAGAGCCCUUUCUUACCUUCACCAUGACUGUAAACCCCAAGUUCUACAUCUCAGUAUCAAGUCCACCAACAUACUUUUAGAUGAAAGAUAUGAAGCAAAGUUAUCUGAUUAUGGACUGGGCAAACUUCUGCCCAUGUUGGGUAACUCUGGCUUGACCAAGUUCCACACCAUGAGUAAACCAGAGCUAGCUUGCCAAAGCCCAAGAUUCAUUGACAAAUACGAUGUCUAUAGCUUUGGAGUGAUCUUAUUGUAGCUGGUCACAGGGUGAAAACUAGUAGAAAGUCCAGUAGCAACUGAGGUGGUGGGUUUGUGUGAAUACGUCCGGAGACUAUUAUAGAACGGCACAGCUUCGGAUUGCUUUGAUCGAAGCUUGAAGGGUUUAGCAGAAAACGAGUUACAGGUCAUGAGAUUGGGGCUGAUAUGUACUUCUGAGAUUCCGUCAAAGAGACCAAACAUGGCAGAGGUGGUUCAGGUUCUGGAGUCCAUAAGAUCUGGUACAGUAUUAUAG